AUGGAAACACAUAAUCUAACAAUGCUCAAUGAAUUCAUUCUCAUGGGAAUCACAGGCCGUCCUGAGCUGCAGGCUCCAUUAUUUGGGCUCUUCCUCAUCAUCUAUAUGAUCUCAGUGGUGGGCAACCUGGGCAUGAUCAUCCUCACCCAGAUGGACUCCAGGCUACAAACACCCAUGUACUUCUUCCUCAAACACCUGGCUCUCACUGAUCUGGGUUAUUCAACAACUGUAGGACCCAAAAUGCUAGUCAACUUUGUUGUGGAUCAAAAUACAAUCUCCUAUUAUUUUUGUGCUAUACAGCUCGCUUUCUUUCUUGUGUUCAUUGUUAGUGAACUUUUUAUUCUAACAGCAAUGUCCUACGACCGCUAUGUGGCCAUCUGUCACCCUCUGCUCUAUCCAGUCAUCAUGUCACAAAGGGUGUGUCAGGUGCUGGUGGCCAUCCUCUAUCUCUACAGCACAUUUGUGUCUCUUAUAGUCACCAUAAAGAUUUUUAGUUCGUCCUUCUGUGGCUACAAUGUCAUUAGUCAUUUCUACUGUGACAGUCUCCCCUUGAUAUCUUUGCUUUGCUCAAAUACACAUGAAACUGAAAUGAUUAUUCUGAUUUUAGCCGGUUUUGAUUUGAUUUCAUCCCUUUUGAUAGUUAUUGUGUCUUACCUCCUGAUCCUCGUAGCCAUCGUCAGGAUGAACUCAGCUGAGGGUAGGCACAAGGCUUUCUCCACCUGUGGGUCCCACCUGACAGUGGCCACCGUGUUCUAUGGGACUCUGAUAUUUAUGUAUGUGCAACCUGAGUCCAGUCAUUCCUUUGACACUGAUAAAGUGGCGUCCAUAUUUUACACCCUUGUUAUCCCCAUGUUGAAUCCCUUGAUCUAUAGCUUGAGGAACAAGGAUGUAAAAUAUGCAGGACAAAGGAUGUGGAAAAAAAUAUUGCUUAGCAGAGGAAGGAGGAACUGCCUCAUGACUGCCAGAGGGAAAAAAGAAGCCCAGAUUCCCCACUCGGUCUCUGUUGACGUCUCUGGUUUUCAGCAGCUCUUUCGAUGA